AUGGAGAAGGGAAUAAUGCCGGUAGAAUUUGUAGUUAGCGAUACGACAUUGGUGAAAGCUAUAAAGGUUAAGUUGGAGAACAAUGGCCUUUUCAUCAAACCAAUAUAUUCUGCUAAAGAUGGGAAAGUAGUCAAAUCUUCUAUUAAGGACCUCAAUCACCCAUUGGCUCUCGAAAUUAGCAGUAUAGCGGGUAUCAAGGCACGGAUUCAUAGAGAUAUCGAUCUUGAGAACCUUGCAGGACAUUCAAAAUACCAAUGCAAUACUAUCACGGAAUUUACAAAAGGUUUUCUGAGAGAGCAUGCACCUACUAUUGACGAGAUAUUUUUAUCUCGUUUAUUAGACCAUUUACCCUUAAAGUACACGAUAUAUCCGCCAGUUGUGCUGUUUAAUAACUCUACUGUAAGAACAUUCAAUCAUCCAAUCUGGCAGAAAGCAUUUCAGCUGAAAUUUGUCGAUCCGAAAGAGUAUUUCAACGAGCUAUUAUGUUUUCUAUCUCCCGGAAAUCAGAUUGAAAAUAGGAGCCACUACUCAAAAGAUCGAUUACUAACCCAUUUGGCUGUAAACAAUCCUAUCACAGAGACAGAUGUAUUGCGAAGGCCAUUCAAUAUUCAACCGUUAUAUGGAAACUUAAUUGAUGAAGGUGUUUUGAGUGAUGAUGACAAUAUACUGUGGGAAAAUCCUAGUCAAGAACAACUAAAUUCAAGCAUAUGGUGCAAGGUUAUACAAAAUGGUGUAACACAAAUAUGGUCACCAGUUUUUACUAUGUUUAGUAGAGGAAAUAUUAAGGAGAAGAAAAGAAUUCUGGCUACUUUUCCAGAUGUUUGCAACAACGAUGUGGUUGACUUAUAUGCAGGUAUAGGUUAUUUCACUUUUAGCUAUUUAACAAAGGGUGCCAGGACCCUUUUUGCAUUCGAAUUAAAUCCUUGGAGUGUAGAAGGAUUGAAACGAGGUUUGAAAGCGAAUGGAUUCGAUAGAGCUGGGAACUGUUACGUGUAUCAAGAAUCUAAUGAAAUGUGCGUUCAAAGGGUUACUGAAUUUCUAACUCAGAAUCCAGAAUUUCAAUUACGCAUCAGACAUAUUAAUUUGGGUCUUCUUCCUUCAAGCAGGCAAGGAUGGCCGUUAGCCAUCAGAUUGGUCCGCUUACAGGGAAAAUCUCUGAAGAGAGUGACGAUGCAUAUACACGAAAAUGUGCACAUAAAAGCAAUCGAAGAUGGAAGUUUUGAAGAAGAUGUUAUCGUAGAACUUGAUACUAUUGACAAGUCAAUCAUGCCGAGUAAUCACUCCGAUAUCAAACUUAAGUUUGUUAAUUCUAAGCUUGAACGUAUAAAGACGUUUGCACCAGAUAUUUGGCACAUAUGCUUUGAUGUUGAUGUUAUAGUAAGUACGUAA